AACGUGGAGUUCCUCAUUCAGGAGCUGCGGAGGCCGAAGUACAGCAUCUAUUUCAUUUAUUUCAGUAACGUGAUCAGCAAGAGUGAUGUCAAGAGUUUGGCGGAGGCUGAUGAACAGGAGGUCGUGGCUGAAGUUCAGGAGUUCUACGGCGAUUACAUCGCGGUGAACCCGCACGUCUUUUCUCUCAACCUCUUGGGCUGCUGCCAGGGUCGCAACUGGGAUCCGGCUCAGCUGUCCAGGACGACUCAAGGGCUGACUGCUCUGCUCCUGUCUCUGAAGAAAUGCCCCAUGAUCCGGUACCAGCUCUCUUCCGAGCCCGCCAAGAGGCUCGCUGAAUGCGUGAAGCAAGUCAUCACUAAAGAGUAUGAGCUGUUUGACUUUCGGCGCACGGAGGUUCCUCCUCUGCUUCUCAUUCUGGACCGGUCUGACGAUGCCAUCACGCCGCUUCUGAACCAGUGGACGUACCAGGCGAUGGUUCACGAACUGCUGGGGAUUAACAACAACCGCAUCGACCUCUCCCGCGUGCCGGGGAUAAGCAAAGAUCUCCGAGAAGUGGUCCUGUCUGCCGAGAACGAUGAGUUCUACGCCAACAACAUGUACCUGAACUUCGCAGAGAUCGGCAGUAACAUCAAGAAUCUUAUGGAAGAUUUCCAGAGGAGGAAACCAAAGGAGCAGCAGAAGCUGGAAUCCAUAGCAGAUAUGAAGGCGUUCGUGGAGAAUUACCCGCAGUUCAAGAAGAUGUCAGGCACGGUGUCGAAGCACGUGACGGUGGUGGGAGAGCUGUCUCGACUGGUCGGUGAGCGGAACCUGCUGGAGGUGUCUGAAGUGGAGCAGGAACUGGCUUGCCAGAAUGACCAUUCCAGUGCUCUCCAGAACGUCCGGCGUCUCCUGCAGAACCCCAAGGUGACGGAGCUGGACGCCGCCCGGCUGGUGAUGCUUUACGCCCUGCACUACGAGCGGCACAGCAGCAACAGCCUCCCCGGGCUGCUGGCAGACCUCAGGAACCGCAGCGUGCCGGAGAAAUACCGGAAGCUGGUGUCUGCAGUCGUGGAGUACGGAGGGAAACGGGUGCGGGGCAGUGACCUGUUCGGUCCCAAGGAUGCUGUAGCCAUCACCAAACAGUUCCUCAAAGGACUGAAGGGUGUUGAGAACGUGUAUACGCAGCACCAGCCUCUCCUUCAAGAAACGCUGGAUCAGCUCAUCAAAGGAAAACUCAAGGACAGCCAGUACCCCUACCUGGGUCCCAACACGCUCCGUGACAGGCCCCAAGACAUCAUCGUGUUCAUCAUCGGAGGGGCGACUUACGAAGAGGCGCUGGCCGUCUAUAACCUGAACCGCACCAACCCGGGGGUCCGCGUCGUCCUCGGCGGGACCCACAACACCAGAAGCUUCCUCGAGGAAGUGACAGCUUCGGGGUUCCGCGGCCGGAGCACCGAGAGCUCUCAAGUUAUGCCAAGGUCAAGCAGCAGACGGUAA